AUGCUGGCCUCACAACGCACCAAAGACACUCCUUCCGAAGCAAGCAGGACUGGAGGGAAGCCUGGCUAUUUCCCACUGGGCUACAAGGAUGGCUUUAGUCAAUGGUGGGCUGGUCUUUCUCCUGCCGUGACCGAACAUCGUGUCCUCUCCUUCAUCCCCUAUCUCCAGAAGCCGCCAACUCACACCCAGACUGGCUCAGCUCCCGCCUCGACCAACGCCUCGACACAGGACAUCACAAGAGACGAAACCCGUCAGACUGAUCCCGUCAUAACAUCCACUCUCAACGACCCCUACGGCCCUCGUAAAUGGAACUCGGACUUGGUGGAACUGGCGGGAAAGAGUCGUUUCUUGAACGAGUUUUCUGUCGAGAGAAUCGGUGACCAAGUCGACAAUAAUCUGGUCAUGAUCCACGGCUAUGGCGCUGGCCUUGGCUUCUUCUACCGCAACUUUGAGAGUCUCUCGAGACUGCCCGGCUGGAAAUUGUACGCUCUGGACAUGCUCGGCAUGGGUCGUUCAUCGCGUCCACCCUUCAAGAUCCACGCCAAGGAUCGUCAAGGCAAGAUCGAGGAGGCCGAAAGUUGGUUCAUCGACGCUUUGGAAGAAUGGCGCAUCAAAAAGGGCAUCGACCGCUUCACUCUGCUCGGCCACAGCAUGGGUGGUUACAUGGCCGUUGCUUAUGCCUUGAAAUAUCCUGGCCAUCUCAACAAGCUGAUUCUCGCAUCGCCCGUCGGUAUCCCCGAAGACCCCUAUGCCGUGAAUGCCGACUUGCCAGAGCCCGAAGACUCCACAAUGGUCAACGAAUUCACUCAAGAUCAAACAAAUACUGCCAACGCUACAAAUCCAGACAUUCCCGCAUCAUCAAAGACUGGCGACAACAACAAUUUCCUCAACGCAAAAGCCAAGAAAGACGCUGCCAACAACAGCGGCAAGCCGCCGAAGAAGCCUCUGCCCAAGUGGCUCACCACUCUCUGGGACGCAAACAUCUCUCCCUUCUCCUUCGUGCGCUGGUCCGGUCCAUUGGGUCCACGUCUGGUCUCGGGCUGGACGAGCCGCCGCUUCAGCCACCUCCCUUCAGAAGAAUCACAAGCCCUACACGAUUACAGCUACUCUCUCUUCCGUCAACGCGGCUCAGGCGAAUACGCUCUGGCCUACAUCCUCGCCCCCGGAGCCUUCGCCCGCAGCCCCCUGAUCCGUCGAAUUCAAGGUGUCGGCCGUCAAUGGAUCUCAGAAUCCCACUCCGCACCCACUUCCGACGAUACCUCUUCCACACCCACCGGUCUAUCCAGGGUCCGCGAGACUGGUAUCCCAGUCGUCCUCAUGUACGGCGAGAACGACUGGAUGGAUAAAGACGGUGGAAAAGCCGCUGCAGAAAAGAUUCAAGCUGAAAAGCAAAAAGCUCUUUCCACUGCUACGGAGGAAGAAAAGAAGAGAGAGAAUGGCGAUGCUAAAGUCGUUAUCAUCCGUAAAGCUGGACAUCACGUCUACCUCGAUGGAGCCGACCAUUUCAACUCUGUCAUGGAUGAGGAAAUGAGAGACGUAGAGGCUAGGGAGAAGAGAUUGGGUUUCAUGAAGAAGUAG